CGAGCGGUAUGCGCUGGGCGCUGGCAGCGAGCGCGCCGCCACAUCCCGCGGCCGCAGCGACUGGCGGCGGCUCGCGGCCCGCGGCAGUCAGUCCGGCGCCGACCGCCAGCCCGCACACACGUCGCCAGACAUGGCAGCUGCCCCCACACACCCGGCCCCCGCGCCCGAGCGCCGCGCCGACGCCCGCGCCGGCUCCCGCCGCAUCUUCCCUCCGCAGUUCAAGCUGCAAGUGCUCGACGCGUACAGGCGCGACGCGCAGUGCCGCGGCAACCAGCGCGCCACCGCCAGGAAGUUCGGCAUCCACCGCCGCCAGAUACAGAAGUGGCUGCAGGCCGAGCCCGCGCUGCGAGCGGCGCUGCUGAGGCGGGCGCCGCAGCCGGCCCCGUCGCCGCCGCCGUACUGCGUCGGCUCGCCGGAGAGCGCCAGGCUGCCGUCGCCGCCGCCGGCGCCCGCCGCGCCGCCCACGCCGGUGGCCGUGGCCGUGCCCACGCCGCUGCCCGCGCCGAUCCCGGUGAUCGCGCCCGCGACGGAGCCCAUCGACCUGUCGGUGCGGAGGCUGGCAGCGCCCGCGCCGCCGCCGUCCGCCCCCGAGCCCCGCAAACCCUUCAAGCUGUUCCGGCCGUACCUGCUGGACGACUGCGCUCGACGGCCCGCGCUGGCGGCGCUGCCGGCGGGCGGCGCGCGCGUGUCCGCCUUCGUGCCCGUGCAGAGCGCGGCGGCGUGCUCGCUGGCGUGCGCGCCGCGCUGGGGCCCGCCCGCGCCCGCCUUCCCCGCGCCGCUCAGAUGAGGGCCCGCCGGGGCCGCCGCUGCUGCCGCUCCCCUGUUCUGUGAUCUAGUCGUGGUCGCCCGCCCGGCGCCGCCCGGGGCGUAGCCCUGCAACACCGUGCCUUAACAUACACGUCGCCAUAGUGCAUUAUGCCGUCAUUAAGAAAUGACAGUCUAUUUUUGUGUAUAAUAAAUAGUUUAUAAGAGUAAGAUUGUAUUUUUGUAUGUGGGGUUUAUAAAGCGUACCUACAUUUAUGAAGAUUAUAAUAAUAUAACGAUAUUAUUAUUAUAUUAAUAAAGAGAGUUGUUUACUAA